AUGUCAAUGGAUGGUUGGCCCUCAGUGAGAGAUGUACCACUGCAGCCGAAGAUUGCAAGCAAUGUUUUGGAGCAGACAAACCUGGGUCCGAUUCCAGAAGCAACCAUUUUGCUCCAAACCCCCCAUGGUCUGACUACAUACGACGAGUCGUUGAAGAAGCUUGACAAGCUAGACUUCCUGACUGCCGCUAAAAUGCUCUUCACUGACCCGCCCAAGAAAAAGAAAUUUGGGCUUGAUUUCCACCUGGUACAACUAUUCUUUGCUUGUAUGCCUUCCUUGGCUGUAUAUCUGGUAGCUCAAUAUGCUCGCUAUGAUAUGAGAAAAAUGGAAGCAGAACUGGAGCAGAAAAAGAAGAAACAAGAAGAAGAGAAAGUGGAAGAAAUAGAACUAAAUGCUACUAAAGAAAAAGAAGCAAGAUCGGUUCCGGAGCUUUCGGAGGUGAGAGAGAGAUUAGAAAAACUUGAAGAAACUGUGAAGGGAAUUGCGGCUGAGACGAAGAAACAAACCGUCAAUGGCCAAGCAAAAGGCCAUGAAGGUGACAGUGCAAAGAAAAGUUUUGGAACUGAGGCAAGUACCCUGAGUAGUUCAGAAUCUAGCAAGCCAGUUGAGAAAGACCCCCUCAAACAGGAUUCUGUAGGGCCAAGGCCAGCUGCAAGCAAGGAUAGAUUAACAGUGGCAGCAACAGUUCCUAAUGCUUCUCCAGAGGGCAACAUCCAAGAUGGCGGGCCUUCUCAAGAUGCUAAAAGAUGAAGAAAAUUUGUUACAGUGCUUCAUUGUCUGAUUUUUUGAGUAGCAUAGGCAACAGGGAAGGGAACACAAUUAUUGAACGGUUUGAAUUGAUGCAUAGGUUUGCUUGAACUUCAAUGUACUUGCUUGUUCAGUCUUUCUGCUUGCAAGGUGGGAGAAA